GAUGGCGGCGCCGGCGAGGGUCGUGAGUUGUGCUGUGCGGCCGUUGCUGCCGGUGGUCCAGCCUUGGGACCUGUACGCGCGGCGCUGGGUCCGGGCGCUGCGACGGAGUCCGGUGAAAGUAGUGUUUCCAUCCGGACAGGUUGUGGAGCGGAAGCUCGGUCCUGGGAAGCAGCCUCGGAAGGCAGCGUCUGAGACCAAUUCCAAAGAGCAAAAACAGAAGCAGCCGCUUAAGGUGCCCACGUCCCCGACGCCCAGUACCUGGGAAGAGUCGGGGCUUCGCUACGAUAAGGCUUUUUCCGGGGACAAGAGGCUGAGAAGUGUAAUGACAAUAGUUAAAUCCAGGCCGUUUCGAGACAAGCAAGGGAAGAUCCUGCUGGAGGGUCGCAGGCUGAUUGCCGACGCUCUGAAGGCUGGUGCCGUGCCACAGGUUUUCUUCUUUAGCCGUUUGGAAUACAUAAAGGAGCUGCCUGUUGAUAAACUGAAAGGUGUGAGCCUCAUUAAGGUGAAAUUUGAGGAUAUCAAGGACUGGUCCGACCUCGUAGCGCCUCAAGGAAUAAUGGGGAUUUUUGCCAAACCUGACCAUGUUACAAUGACAUAUUCAGAAACUCAGCUUCACCAUUCACUGCCCUUGUUGUUGAUUUGUGACAAUCUCCGUGACCCUGGGAACCUGGGGACGAUUCUACGAUCUGCUGCUGGGGCAGGCUGCAGUAAAGUAUUACUCACCAAAGGCUGUGUUGAUGCCUGGGAGCCAAAAGUGCUACGGGCAGGUAUGGGUGCACAUUUCCAGGUGCCCAUUGUCAGCAAUCUGGAAUGGGAAACAGUGCCCAACUACCUGUCUACCGACACCCGGGUCUAUGUGGCUGACAACUGUGGCCUUUACGCCCAGGCCCAUGUGUCUGAUAAAGCCAGUGACCGUGCAUGGGCAUGUGACCGGCGAUUCCUGAAGUUUCGCAAGUAUGAAGAGGAGGAUCUAGAAACUGGAGCUGGUAAAGUCUGGCUCCCUGAACUUGAAGUCCAGAGUUACGACUUGGACUGGACAGAGGCCCCAGCAGCUGUGGUGAUAGGUGGGGAGACCCAUGGAGUGAGCUUGGAGUCCCUGCAGUUGGCCAAGAGCACAGGGGGACGGAGGCUGCUGAUCCCUGUCGUGCCUGGUGUGGACAGCCUAAACUCGGCCAUGGCUGCAAGCAUCCUUCUCUUUGAAGGGAAGAGACAGCUGCGAGUAAGGGCAGAACAUGCGAGCAGGGACAGGAGUUACCAGUGAAAGGGAAUGUGGAUGCCAUCUUGCACUUUAAAGGAGUUUCCUGCUCUUCCCACUUCCAGGCACACCGUAAGGAGGUCGGCAGAAUUGGCCACUGUGGGCCCGUUUAUACCGGGAGAGCUGUGUGUGACCUCUGCACCCCAUUCUCUUCUUUGAGCCUUUUCUCUGGGUGUCCCAGGUCAUCAUAUGCAAAAAAUACCAGUGUAUGCCUAUUGGAAAAAUAAGAAUUACCAUGAAUUUCUGCUUAUUCUUGAAUUGUUAACAAAGAUUAAAAUUCUUCCUGCGAUCUCUCAUCUCCCUGCUGAUUUUUAAUGGUCCUGUUUUUGUACGAUUUUACCUUUUUUUUUUUGACAUGAAAACAAACAUGGAUGAUCCACACAACUGUAUGGUGUGCUUUAAGUGUUUUUAAAAUUUGUCUGCCAAGGAGCAUUUUUGUGGCCAGACAUUCCUGACAUUUCACAAGCAUCCUCUUGGGCAGAGAGGGCAGAGGUUUUGUAGUCUUCAAGCUCGGGUUAUGGGCCACAGUUAAGGGUAUGCUGCAGAUGGCCAACUCACUCACUUCUGUCAUCAGUGGAAAAAAAAACUGUGAUGUGUAGAACCAGCAACUUACAUUAAAAAAGAUUUAUUUAAGCAUUGCCAGUUGGUUUCAGUGCCUUUUAACCUUUGGCCUAGUGGUGAGGACUUUGCUAAGAGAUUAAUGUAGGAAACGAAGGGCUCCCGGUCAUGAUGUCCAGUAGCUGCUGUUCUCUGGGCUUGGAUGUGUCAUUCUCUGGGAUUGUUUGUUCAGGCCCUUGACUUAACCAGUAUUUACAUGUAGCACAAUUUUUCCCCUUUAUGAUCAUUGAUAGAAACAGCUUAAUGCAUCAGUGGUGUCCUACCUUCUUGGCACCGCUGCAGAUAGGAUUCUUCAUGCAGAGGAGGAAACUGAGUUUUAAAAUCUUCAGCUUAACCUUGCAUCUAUCAGGAAAGUCAUCCUUUUUACUAGUCCCCUGGUAUUAGUCCUACUUUAUAAAUAAACACUUUUCGCCAACUCAGAUUACCUAUUUAUAUUUAAUCCCCCAUCCUACAUGAGGAACAGAACUGCUCAAGAAGUUGCCAUGCUCCUGGAUGCUGUGUGACAGAGGCCUCAAACAGCUCUUGCAAGGGAGGGUUCUGAAGGUGAGAGAUUGGGACCCUCAGGCCCACAACCCUGGGUAUUAUUUGGUUUCUUCUUAAUGGCAGCACUGCAGGAGGACCUUGGUGUGCUUUUCUCAAGCUCUCUGGGGUAAACUGGACUCUUACUUACCAGGUGCCAGCCAGGCUUAGCUGGGGACAUGAGGGUAAAUGCAGGUAAAUGCAGAUGGCAAGGGGCAGGUAGGACUGGAGUGUGCUCGGGCAUGUUUGAGAUGAAGAACAGUGCUCUUUGGUUGGCUUUGCCCUCCCAGGCUUCUUUUUCUGAAAAUAGGUAGCUCUAGCUGUGGGUUCAAGCUCACAGACUGUUCCUGAAACCCUCCUUCCCUGGUUGGCUUUUAGAAAAGAGAAGAACCCAAAGCAUCUGUACAGCACCUCUCCCCACAAAGGCUGGAGGGAGCACUCGGCGUAAUCGGCAGACUUCACAUGAGUUGAAAGAGGACCAUCAUGCCUCUCACACCUGUGAGCUAAGUCUGGGAGGAAGCCCAGAGAGUUCAUGCCACAUGGGUCUCCCUCAACACCUUAGAAAAGUGCUAAAGGAACAGAUGUUGCUACAACAAAGCUCACAUCUCUAGUAUGAAACCAAUCUCCCACAAUUUGUGUCCCUGGGUUAUUGUGCCUUCUGAUUUUUGUUACAAAUUAA